CCCCGUGACGACACGUUCAGGGAGUGGCUUAUUGAAAGAGAAACAACCUCAAGCAGUACUUCUUUUAACGCAGCGACAAGUGGUCCUCUCUCUUUCUGGAAUGUCGUUGGUGCUAGAGAUCCUGGGGCCCGUCAUUCUACUUUGUUUACUGCUGUAAACCAAAUCAGCAGUCAUGGUGCUGCACUUGUCUCCUUUCCCUAAUGGAUGUGUAGCUGGCCUCCAUGCAGUCGGCUGGGCUUUAAUACUCCCCUGCUUCUGGUUCCUGGACCGCCUCAUUGCUGUGUGCAAGUCCACUACCCUGGAGAGAGUCGAGAGACAGGAGCGAGAAUGCUACCUCCACCCCCUCCAAGUCUUCUUUGGCUCAAUUAUCUUUUUUAUCCUCUUUCUUGUCACGUCUCCAGUAGCCUUGCUUGGGUUUCUUUUAUGGGCGCCACUCCAAGCCUACCGCAGACCUUUCUCCUACCACAUAGAGACACAAAUCCCAUUGGAGCAGGAGGCCAGACAUAUCUUUGAGGAGGGCAAGGCCACGUUUGGCUUCGCCACAGCCAACCUGUGCCUGCUGCCCGACAGCCUUGCUCGCUUCAACAACCUGGGACACACCCAGCGCCGGGCUACCACCAUCGGCAGAUGUGUUGCUCAGGGGGUGAGUCGACCCCAUAUCCGCAUAUUUAUUGACUCCCCCAGCAGCUGUGGCAAUCUGAGCGCAUCCAGCAGCCUCUUCCACACCUCAAACUCUCCUAGCUACGGUGCCAUUGACAAGCAGAGCAAGCCUGCUGUAGAGGGAGAGGUUCCACAAGCCAACCCUAACAGCCGUUUGGUUCACAUACCCUGUGACGAUACGGAAAAGCAGGACACGGAAACGGCGCCACCCACUGCCACCACCGUCAACACAAACCAGAACUCCAACCAGCAGGGUGAGGCUGGCGAGCGAAGCGCCCCCAGGGUCUUGCGCUCUGAGGAUCCUGGCGAACGGGACGGAGUACCGUUGGAGGUCUCAUCGCUGUUUCCUGCCAAUGUGGACAUCCUGUGUCUGGAGGAAGUGUUCGACAAGCGGGCAGCACGAAAGCUGAAAGACGCCCUGGGACCCGUGCUGGGUCACAUCCUGUACGACGUCGGGGUGUACGCCUGGCAGACGCCCUGCUGCUCCUCAUUCAAGUUCUUCAACAGCGGCCUAUUCCUGGCCAGCAGGUUCCCUGUUCUGGAGGCCCAGUACUACUGCUUCCCCAACAGCCGUGGGGAGGACGCCCUGGCUGCCAAGGGCCUGCUCUGUGCCAAGGUGCUAAUCGGACAGAAUCACAAACAGGAGAAGGUGGUUGGCUAUUUUAACUGCACACAUCUUCAUGCACCAGAGGGUGAAGGGGAGAUUCGCUGUGAGCAGCUGACUAUGGUCACAGUGUGGAUUGACGAGUUUCAAACCUCCCACAGAAGGCCAGACGAAGUGGUUGUUUUUGAUGUGCUUUGCGGAGAUUUCAACUUUGAUAACUGCUCACCUGAUGACCUUCGGGAGCAGAAUCAUAAUAUAUUUGAGGAGUACAUUGACCCUUGCAGGGCCGGACCGGGGAAAGAGAAGCCCUGGGUGAUCGGCACUCUCAUGGAACAGCCAACUAUGUAUGAAGAGGACGUCAUCACCCCAGAUAAUCUACAGAGAACCUUGGAGACGGAGGAGCUAAGGAGGCAGUACAUCUCGCCACCCGUGCCAGUGGUUGGCGUCCCUCUGGUUUACCCCCUGCCUGAUGAGCCUUGGGUGGGCCGUCGGAUCGACUACAUCCUCUACCGCCAGAACUCUCUUCCAAAACAUUACAAAACGGAAAUAGAAGAGUUUACUUACAUCACCCAGCUGGCUGGUUUGACGGACCACAUCCCAGUUGGCCUGAGACUGAGAGUGUCCGACUGGUCAGCUGAGGACUGACCACAUCCAAGGAACUACAAUGUGUGACAGAAGGCACUUUUGGACCGGAUGAACUUUUUCAUAGAAUCGCUGGAGAAACUAGCUAAUCUUUUUUUUGUCUGCUUAAUAGGAACUGGGAACCAUUUUAGUUGUAAGAUUUUUCCUUUGAGGGACUUAUCUGGCGCCUACUUCAGGGUCAGUUGAAGUGUUUCCAACUUUCCAACUCGAUUUUUUACAUCACCUACGACACACAAGGACCCACUCCAUUCCGGCUGACCUCAUCUGUUUGUUUAAGUUUUGUCGUGCCGCAGGCAGAAAUUAGUUUGAUAAACUAUCCUACUUCUCUUCUGUGUUCCUAUUGGCAGUGUGAAUGCAAGCAGAAAAAAGCCCUUGAGAUAUGUCGUUUUCAGCUCCCCAGUGGUUAUUUUCCUCUCAGCGAGUCCAAACAAAUGGGUCUGAAAGUGCCUAGAAAAUGCAGAAUUAAUUUUUUGUUUACAAAUCACUCCCCCUUGUAGUCUGAAAUGUAAAGGUUUUAGCCAUACACUGAAGAAAAAAUAUCGAAUUUGAGUUUGUCGCAAUCAACGACAACAAAGUGUGUGUGUGUGUGUGUGUGUGUGUGUGUGUGUGUGUGUGUGUGUGUGUGUGUGUGUGUGUGUGUGUGUGUGUGUGUGUGUGUGUGUGUGUGUGUGUGUGUGUGUGUGUGUGUGGAAUUACAGCUUUGUGGCGGUUGCAUUUCUUUUUUAGAUGAGUGCAUGUAAGCUAUGGUAAAAGUGGAAGCUCCAGCUCCAAACCUCCAGUGAUUAUUCAACGCAGAAUAGUUGACCCUUUAUGAGAGCUUAUUUCAAUCAUAUUUUUUUCCAGCAUUUUAGACUAUGCAAGGUGAUCUAUUCCUUUGACUUGUAAUUGCAGAAGUAUAAUUUGUGCUGCACGUUGAAAUUGUCAUAAUUCCAGCCUUUUUUAAGAGAUGUGGCCUGGAUAUCUUAUUUGUGUGUUUUCUAACAUCUACAGGGUGUAGAUGUUAGAAACAUGAAACACAUGAAACAGCAUAGUGCUUCAUGUUUUACAACACUAUGCUGUUUGAGUGUUGUAAAACAUGAUAUUUUUAUAUUAUUUUGUAAAUUCCAGUAAUAUGAAUUGAAAUUAAUAAAAAAAAAUACGCCUACAUGUAA